AGACCGACACUCCAGAAGACGCCUCUGGUUUCCCCCUGACCCCUGGAGGGUGCGGGCUGGCUGCCGGGCGGGCUUGGCUGAGGCACGCCUCUCUCGCUUCCCAGCGGAGCGCGGACUCGCUCGGGUGCCCAAACUCCGCCCACCCUCGCGGGGAGCGGAGCUCUCCCGCCUGCCCCCUGCACUCAGGACCGAGCAGGGCCUCGGGAAGAGCUUGAGCGGACCGCGAAGAGUACGCGAUUCCGAAGCGCACGGGUCUGCAGCCACACGCGCUCUGAUGGCCCCCGAACGCUGAGCGCGGGGUGGGCGCAGGUAGAGACGAGGAGCCCCGAAAGCGAGCUGUUUAUUUCCAAGGUACGGAGGAGGAAGAUGUCCACAUGAAGUUGCUCUUUGCGGGAAGGAGGCUGGGGAGCGCCUUCCCCACGCCAGGGCGCAGCGGAGCGAGUUUAGCUUGACCUCGCUGCGCCUCCGGCGCGCUUUGCAGCGCGGACCCGCGGCGCUUAGCAAAAGCGCACUCGGAAAGUUAUCGGUGGCGGUGCCCUGCGCUCCCUGUUGUGUAACCUCGCCGCUGCCCGCCGGACGGGGAAGUUGCCGGCCUGCCCGCCUGCCCAGUUCUGUCGCAGCCCCAAACGGAUUUCAUGGCCCGCGGCGAACGCGGGGCCGGAGCCGGCGUGGGCGAGUCCCCGCGCUCCCCCUCCCGCGGGGGUCCCCCGCGCCCACUCCCUUCCGCUCGCCGGGUUUCCGAUGUUCGCUGAGCCCCGUGCCGCCGUCGCUCUCUCGCCGCAGCUUGCCCCUCGGAGCCUCCGCCUAAGUCCGGGAGGAGAGAAUGACCGAAGUGCUGUGGCCGGCUGUCCCCAACGGGACGGACGCUGCCUUCUUGGCCGGCCCGGGCUCGUCCUGGGGGAACACCACUGUCGCCUCCACUGCCGCGGUCUCUGGCUCCUUCAAAUGCGCCCUGACCAAGACGGGCUUCCAGUUCUACUACCUGCCGGCUGUCUACAUCUUGGUGUUUAUCAUCGGCUUCCUGGGCAACAGCGUGGCCAUCUGGAUGUUCGUCUUCCAUAUGAAGCCCUGGAGCGGCAUCUCGGUGUACAUGUUCAACUUGGCUCUGGCCGACUUCUUGUACGUGCUGACUCUGCCAGCCCUCAUCUUCUACUACUUCAAUAAGACAGACUGGAUCUUCGGGGACGCCAUGUGCAAACUGCAGAGGUUCAUCUUCCAUGUGAACCUCUAUGGCAGCAUCUUGUUCCUGACAUGCAUCAGUGCGCACCGGUACAGCGGUGUGGUGUACCCACUCAAGUCCCUGGGCAGGCUCAAGAAGAAGAACGCGGUCUGUAUCAGCGUGCUGGUGUGGCUCGUCGUGGUGGCGGCGAUCUCCCCUAUCCUCUUCUACUCGGGCACCGGGGUCCGGAAAAAUAAAACCAUCACCUGCUAUGACACCACCUCAGACGAGUACCUGCGAAGUUAUUUCAUCUACAGCAUGUGUACCACCGUGGCCAUGUUCUGUGUCCCCUUGGUGCUGAUUCUGGGCUGUUACGGAUUAAUUGUUAGAGCUUUGAUUUACAAAGACCUGGACAACUCUCCUCUGAGGAGAAAAUCGAUUUACCUGGUUAUUAUUGUACUGACUGUUUUUGGUGUGUCUUACAUCCCUUUCCAUGUGAUGAAAACGAUGAACUUGAGGGCCCGGCUGGAUUUUCAGACCCCAGCAAUGUGUGCUUUCAAUGACAGGGUUUAUGCCACUUAUCAGGUAACAAGAGGUCUAGCAAGUCUCAACAGUUGUGUGGACCCCAUUCUCUAUUUCUUGGCAGGAGAUACUUUCAGAAGGAGACUCUCACGGGCGACCAGGAAAGCUUCCAGAAGAAGUGAGGCAAAUUUGCAAUCCAAGAGUGAAGACAUGACCCUAAAUAUUUUAUCUGAGUUCAAGCAGAAUGGAGAUACAAGCUUGUGAAGGCACAGGAAUCCCCAAACCUCACUUUUGUAACAUGGUAGGAUGCUUAACAGAGCCAAGUGCUUUUUUUUUCCCCUUUUAAGUUUCUAGUAAGUUUAGAGAAAAUUCAAACUAAGAGAGUAGUGAGUUGAAAAAAAUUAAUAGAAGUAGAAAUGCCCACAUCCACACUUAACUUGUUCGGGUUUGCUUUCAAAGUCUCGUUUCUUUCUGACUAGAAGUAUGUAUAAUAAAACAAUACUACUUAGUUAAACAUUUACUUUCUCUUCUGCCUUUAAAGUUUACAAGCUUUUCUGUUUAAAGGCUGUGUGCAUGUAAGUAAUGGGGCUAUUUUGAUACUAGUAAUUUCUCCAAGAAAACUAGCCACCUGAAUUAUAGUUUGUGAUUUGUUUAACCUUUCUUGUUGUUAAUAAUCCAUGGUAGGAACAAAUUGAAAAUCCACAUUCUCAAAAAUAUUUAGCACAGAAUAGCAAAAUACUAAACUCAGUUCAUUCAGUAUCAGAUGAACAGAUCUUUGAGCUGGAUGUCUUUCAGUGUCUUACAACUAUAGAUGAUAGCUGACUGAGUUUCUUCAGGAAAUUUGAUAGAAAAGUAAAGUCAAUGGAUUUAAAAGCCUGAAAAAUGAUUGUUUUCCAGUCAUUUCUGGCGAACUACUUAGUAUACAUUGGUUGCUAAAUGUUUGAUGGCGGAAGCCUGCAUAUACUAUCUUACUGGUAAAAUGCAUUCAGAAUCAUUAAAGUGCAUGUAUUUUCCUUGUAAACACCAUGAACUCUCUUAGACUUCUGUGAUAAAGAGCAUUUAUUUGCACCACUGCUGUGCAAUGCCUUUAGGACUUUGUUUGUGUUCCAGGACAAGUGAUGAUUCACAUCUGUAAAAACAAUUUAAAAAGCACAGAUAAAUUAUAGACCAAAAGCUUGAGUAAAGUUGAAUAACUGUUAGCAAGUUGAGGGAUGUUGAGCAGGAGGAUAGUAUUUCAGAACAGGAGUGGUUGACAGUCAUCCACAACACAGAGCCUGCAAGUAUACUCUCGAAUGUAUGUGGCAACUGGGGGUGGACAAAGACAUUUUAGAAUAAUGACUUUAGUUUGAAUUAAAAUCCUGGUAGAAAAGGCUUUUGAUGCUUCUUCAAAGUGUUUGUAAGUAUUAAAGGCAAUAU